ACAGUUCGCCGCGUCCUAACAGCUGUUUUACCAAUUGCCUCGAAAAAGCACGAUUUUAAAAUCGGUUGAGCUGUUUGCACGUGUCUGAAAGUUAAUUUGAAAAAGUAUUGUUCAUGUUUGAUAAGUGUUAAAAAUGGAAGAAGAAGUCGGCAUUAAAGUGACACGGUUGAGGCGGAGACUGUCUGUGGAAGCUGAGGAUGUAAAGUCACCUGCUACACAAUCAACACCAACUAAGAAGAGAGGGGGUAGACUAGCAGCUAAACCACAGUUGGAACUCAUUGACGAAAAUGCUCCAGAAACAGCCCCCAAAAGGACAAGGAAAUCAACAGCCAGAGACAUUGCAGAUCCUGAACCAGAGAAGACGAUAACACCUUCGCGACGCAGUGCUAGGGUCCGGUCAAAUACUAGCAUAGUUUCUGAGACCCCUAGCGACUUGCCUGAAGAUAAGGGCACUCCAUCGCGUCGAAGCACCCGGAUUAAGUCUAACACUAGUCUUAUAGCGGAGCCUGUGAGUGUAAACUCACCUAGAGCCAAGAGAGCAGCUCGAAGGACUUCUCUUGCUGGCAGUGAUAAUGAAACACCAAUCACUCCAGUCAGACAGACAAGAAGAACUAGGAAAGACUCUACUUCUAGUAUUGAUAAGCCAGCUGAGCCUAAUGCAGGUAAAUUGGGCAGCCAGGUAACUGAAGUCAUUGUAGAGGAGUCAGAAACAAAUGUCAAAGAAACUAAAAGUACUGUAAGUCCUAAACAAGACUCUCCUGGUACUAGAAAAAGUCCCCGACUGGUCAGAAAAUCUGGUAGGAAGAGCUCUUCAUUAGAUAAUGAUGGAAACAAAGAAAAUGAAGCUCAGGGUGAAAAAGAAACCAGUGAAACAGUUGCUGCUGAAAAAUCUCUGACAGAAUCUAAAACUGAAGAAACAAAUGACAAUGAUGGGAAGUCAUCAGAGCAAAACAACUUAUCAGUGGCCAGUAAGAAUCUCAUUACAGAAUUAGAAGAAGUACCAACUAAAGGCAAAAAGAGCUUAAACAAAAGCACUACAGCUGUUGGUGAACCACAAAUUAAAAGUAAAAGGAACAGAGCCAAAUCAUGGACCACAAUAUCUGUUGAAUCUUCUCAUGAGAGUAGCUUCUGUAGUGACAGCGAAGCAUCUAAGAAAAGAAACAAAAAGAAAACUGAUAGUCUUAAUUUAUCAAACCUAUCUGGGUCUGGUGAUGGUAUUAUGGUAAAUAACAAAAAGGAUACAGAGCAAGAGAACACUUCUCUCAAUUCAUCUACUCUCUCUAAUAAGAAAAAAAAUAAGCGAAAUGAAAUGUCCAUGACAGAAGAGACUGUUUCAAAUGAUGUUUCAAUAAUAAAUUCAUCAAUCAACAAAUCAGUAACAAAAGUAUUGGAAAAAAAUGAUGCUUCCAAAGAUAUGUCUAAAGAUGUGGAGGCUUUAAAUGCUUCCAAUAAUCUAGACGUCAGUGUAACUGAAAAAUUCUUUAAUCAAAAACCUGAAGAUGUCAUUAAAUCAUUGGUAUUUAUUGACGACUCUGAUUCUAAUAAUGGUAGCAUUGGAAAAGAAAAUAACAAUAAAGAUUUAGAUAGUGGUGAUCAAUGUGUUCCGGUUGUAGACCAUGCAUUGGUAAAUGACAAUAAACCUGACACACAAAACAAUCUAAGCUAUGAACCAAUGGAUAUUGAUGAAACUAUGCCAGAUAAUGUAUCACUGAACGAUUCUGCUACAAAUGAAACAAAAUCUGUAAACAGAAAGUCAAUACUAAACUUUUCUCAGAUUAAAAAUGACAGUCUGAAUAAGUCUAAGCGAAAGUCUGUUAACACAGAAAACAGCAUUCAAGAGGGAAUCAAUCAAUCCCAAAGAAAAUCUUCCAUAACAGAGACAGUCAACCAAAGUUUAGAAGAAUCUAAUAAAUCCAAAAGAAAGUUUUCAUUAUCAAAUGGAGUUUCUGAAGAUGUUCCAGACGGAAUUUUAAGUCAGUCCUCCUCUCGGAAAUCUAUCGAUGACGGAAAUGCAGUCGACAAAAGUAUUAAUAAAUCUAAAAGGAAGUCUUCUCUGUCGUCUGAACAGAACAUGGAGGAGGAUUCUAAUAAUUCAGGAAGGAAAUCUCUUAGUGCUGAUACUACAUUGAAUGAUGCAAGCAUUAAUAAAGGGUCCAAUAAAUCAAAGAGGAAGUCUUCAAUAUCUAACAUAACUUCUGAUGAUAAUACCAAUGAAGGUUCUAACAAAUCUACUAGGAAAUCUGCAAUCAUCGAUUUGGCCAAUGAUGAGAAAAUGGAUAAUACGCUAAAUAAAUCUAAAAGGAAAUCGGCGAUGACAUCUUCUUUUACAGUAGCUAAUGUUAGUAUAGCUGAGAUGAAACCCUCUGAUGUAGACCAAAGCAACAAUGAUGACACAAUGAAUAAGAGUACUAAUAAAUCAAAGAGAAAGUCGUCUAUUUCUAACAAUGAGAGUAUGAAUAACAAUUUAAAUAAAUCGAAAAACAAAUCUGUGUCCCUAGAUAAGACUGAUAACGAGAAUAAAAGUACUUUGGUCUUAUCUCAAAUAAAAGAUGUGACUGAAACUGAAGGUAACUUAGAAUCAAGUGUGCCAAAAGAUAAUAAUGAUUCUAAUGAUCAAUUAUCAAAAUCUGUAAAUGUGCCAAAUGUCGUCACUGAAAAAGAAACAGACAAGAAAAAUCUGUCACUAACUUAUUCAACAAGUACACCUCUUCAACAAAAAUCUAUGAAAAAAUUAGGGCUUCAAAUUAACAGUUCAAUCAUUACACCUAGCAGUGUGAAGAAGGUUGAUAAAAAGGACAAUUUAAGCAGAUCUAAGGUAGAAUCGUCUAUAUUGUCAGAGAAGAAUGAGUCUUCAGAAGAAGAUGGUUCAGAAGAAGAAGAAGAACCAUCAGCGGAAAAAAGCAAUCUAAUCGAUGAUGAGGCUGAAGAAGCUAGUGAUGACUACGAGUCCGGCGAUAGCAGAGAUGACGAAGAAAGGGAAUAUGAAGAACAACAUCAAAUUGUAGAGAAGGGUGAAACAUUAGAUUCCGAUGAUGAAGAGGAUUAUUCUGAUGACUCUGAUUACGAAAAGGGAUCGUUCAUUGUUAGUUCUGAAAAUGAAGAUGAUGACUUGCUGAGUGGAUCUGGAGAUGACCUUGACAUGAGUGCUGACGAACUCACAAUGAGCGCAAAAUCCAAAAAGAAGUUCAACGAACGUAAGACAAAGGAACAGAAAAAAGCGUCUCGAGAAAUGUUUGAAGCAAGACAUAAACUUAAUGAAUCAACUAAAGCUAAAUCAAAGAAAAACAAUCGUCAGCGUUUGGACUCAUCUUCAUCGGAAUCGGAUGAAGAAGUUGCCACACAACCAAAGAAAAAUAGGCGUCAAAGAAUCGAUUCAAGUCAAGAUAUCAGCGUCGCACAGUCGGACGCCGAUAAGUCGCUAUCUAAAAAGAAGAAGGCUAAACGACUAUCUGAGUCUGUUUGCGAAGAUAAUGAAAAGGAAAUUACAAUUAGUGAGGACAACCAAAAUGACCAAGCUCAACAAGAUCCUUUGACUGUACAGAAUAUUAUUAAAGAAGAGCCAAAAACUCCUCAGAAGCCGCUUGACAUUUCCACGGUGGCUGUAACCAACAUAGAUGAAGUUGAAGAAGUGAAUGUUGACGAAAAUGUAUCAAUAAUGAAAUCAAAUCAAACAUCUGACCCUCUACAACCUACAGAAGCAGAAAAUAAUGAGGAUGAUGAUUCUAACGAAGAGUCAAUUAGUGAAAAUGAAGAAAUAACUCAGAAUUAUGAAUCUGUUCUCAAUAAUUUGAACAAAUCUGGCUCAAAGAAGAUCAAGUCUACAGAUAUCUCUCUGGACCUGAAUAAAAAGGCAAAGCAAAAGGCUAAAGAGCCUAUUGUGGACCAGCUGAAUUUGACACAAGUAAAGAAAACUAAACAAAAGAAAGCUGAAGCCGAAAAUGUUGCCGAAACUAAGAAAUUUGAUAAAUCUUUGGGUAAUAAGAGUACUGAUAAGGUGGAUAAGCAAGCUGAUAUUUCUGAAGCUUCAUCCGAUUCUAUUGACAUGAAACUAUUGUUCCCUGAAGAUAGCAAUGACAGUGGCAUGAUAAUGGAAGACAAGAAAGAAAUAAAACAAAAGGAUAAUGUACCAGAAGAUUUCAUACCUCUGAAGAGAAGUCAAGCCAAAACCAACAUUCUUGAGAACACUGAUACGUCACUAAACAAGUCGAAGGAUGAAUCUAUAUUGAAUGUGAGUGGCAAAAAGAAAAAUAAACGCAAGUCAUCCGGAACUGAGGAAGAUAUGGUAACAAGUACUCAAGAUGAAAAUCUCUGUUUCUUUGUGGACACAGCUGGUACUCUGUCCAAUUCAAAUAACAUGGAUGCCAAUACUUCUGUUAAGAACAGUGCUAAAAAGAAUAAACAAAAGAAUAGGGUGUCUUUCGCCAAUAUUGAAGAAUCUGCUGUUGAUGAUGACGCUGAUGAUGCUCCACAAGAGGUUUCAUACCGAAGCAACAAAAACAAGUCCAUACAAGACUUGAAUACCACUCAGGCUAAUGAGGUAAUGCAGGCCGGUAACACAAUUGAAACACCAAAUCAAAGUGCCAAAAAGAAGAAGAAAAAUAAGAAAGGACUGAAUACGUCUCAAAAUCCGGAUAUUACCCUGAUUGAAAAUGAAGAUGAUGUUGCAGAGAAAUCUAUAAAUACUUCUGCGACCAAUGUGCCAAAUGGUAGUGCCAAAAAGAAGAAGAAGAGACUGUCCGAAUCUCAAACAGAGAACGAAACAGAAAAUGAUACUCCAGCAGAAACAAUCCAGAAUAUUUCUUUAGGCAGUGCCAAGAAAAACAAACAAAAAACUGCUGCUGAUACCACUGAAGUGGAAAUAGUAAAAGUCAACAAAGAUGAUGAAGAUGUAAGCAUUCAAGAGCAAAACACAAAGACACGCAAACGUAAAUCAUCUGCUAAUCAGUCAAUUGACGCAAUCGACAUCAAAGAUGAAGUUCAACUAACUAACGACGAGUCCUUGACGACAAAUAAUAAAAAGAAGAAAAGGAAAAUAUCUAACAAUGACCAAAAUCUCCAAGCUCAGGUUGAAGAUACCGCUAUCGCAGCACAGGAGCAAGAACCUAAGUUACCUAUUGAAAAUACCAAAAAGAAGAGAAAGGAAGUACAAAAUCAAGAAUUGGCUAAAAUUGGUGAAGAAAAUACCAAAAAGAACAAAAAAAGGAAAGAGAGGGAUGAUGACGAUUUCAGUAAAAUAUCAAAAGUUCUUAAACAAAAUUCCUUUGACAAGGUUCAUGUUCCACGACUUCCUUCAAUUAUACUAAAUCAAUUGGAUGAUAAACCUAAUAAAAAAGAUAUAAUUGAAGGAAAUAAAAUGAAUGUCAUUGCAACUUCAACAUUUGUUGUGGAAGAAACAAAGAAAAGAAGGAACAAACCAUCAAACUACUUAGAAGAAAGUAUUUACAUAAAUGACGAUAAGGAUGGGAAAAAGCAGAAAGGUUCCAUCAAGAAUCCCAAAGUUUUGCCUUUCAUACCAACAGCUUCAACAUCAGGCAGUGGUUUUACCACUAAUUUUAAAGUUAACAUAAUUCCUCAGCAUACAGAAUUUGUUGCUCAAGCUAAAGAUGUACUCAAUUUCAAAAACGAUUACUUGCACCAGAAAAAAAUAAAGAAAUUAGGUACCUUUGAAAUGUAUAAAAGACAAAGGAAUAUUAAAAUCUCGAAAUUUUAACACCUCUAGUAGAUGCAAACUAUGUUGCCAUGAUACCGCCUUAUUACUUUUCCAGUGUUAAUUUAGUUUAUAGGCUGUUUGUUUCAUUAAUAUGACAACACGAUUAUUGUUAGAUCUUUAUAAACAUGUUAAUUCAAUUGUUGUAAAUUGAAAAUGACCAAAAGCAAAGCUACAUUUUUUACAACCAUUUACUGCAUAUUUGAAUAGGUAGAUAUGACUUUUUUUCUUUUUCAUUGUUUGUAAUGUAACUUUAAUUUGUUGGCUGAAUAGUUGUUACUGUGUUCAGCAUGGUUGACCUCUGCUUAUUUUUCGACAUAAUUUUUAUUUCAUUUUUACAUUUUUCGUUGAUAGGUUAUUUAAUUGUCUGGAUGGAAUCUUAGGUAUGAAUUUCUAUUCCUAACUACCAACAGUAUCGCAGGCUUAUAAGAGAAUUUGGCAUUAUUUCUAUUACAUUGUGAGAUGCCAUAUCAUUUGUACAUUAUUAGGUAUUAACAUUACAAUAUUCAGAAUUCUCAAUUAUUUUGAUUUGACUGCAAGUGUUCUUAUGUACAUUUUAAUUUUACCGCCACACUGUUUGAUUUUGUUGGUAGUAGCCGCUAGAGAGCGCUGGCGUCAGAAAAAAGUGGUAUCGCCCUUGUGCCUUCUGUUACCAAUUUGUACUAAUUUAAAUUCAGACAUACUAUUAUUUUCUUCAAUAAAAAUAUUCUUUGAAAGGAAA